AUGAGAAACAAUAACGCCUUACAAAUAAGCAGGAGCCUUCCGACUGUAACCCUGCAGCUGCUGCCCGAAGACAUUCGAGAGCCGCUGGUCAAUCACCCCCAGCGGGCGAGCCUUGUUGAGGUUGUUUUGGACCUCGGGCGCCAGCCGGAGGCGCGUUUUGAAGGCAUUCCGGCCGGCGAGUAUCUGCGGAAGCAAGAGGUGACGACCGCGGACCUGGAGGCGGCCGUUGCGGCGGUUGGCGAGUUCGGCGCUGACAACCGCGCCGGAGUGCCCGGCACCUUGCACCGCAUUUCCGCCAUCCGCAACCGUCGUGGCAUCAUCAUCGGGCUCACCUGCCGAGUGGGUCGUGCGGUGAGCGGCCAUAUCGCUAUGCUCAAGGACCUCGUGGAGAGUGGCCACUCGGUACUGCUGCUGGGCCGACCAGGUGUUGGCAAGACGACCGUCAUCCGGGAGAUUUGCCGUACGCUGGCGGACGAGUACCGCAAGCGGGUAGUCAUUGUGGACACCUCGAACGAGAUUGGCGGAGACGGUGACGUGCCCCAUCCCGCCAUUGGAGGCGCUCGCCGCAUGCAAGUGGCGGAUGCUACUCAGCAACACGGGGUCAUGAUCGAGGCGGUUGAGAACCACAUGCCCCAAGUGGUCGUGGUGGAUGAGAUCGGUACGGAAGCGGAGGCGCUAGCCUGCCGUACCAUUGCGGAGCGGGGGGUGCAGCUGAUCGGCACUGCUCACGGGUGUUUACUCGAGAACCUGAUCAAGAACCCCACCCUGGCGGACCUUGUGGGCGGGGUGGCGGCGGUGACACUUGGCGACGAGGAGGCGCGCACCAGGGGCACCCAGAAGACGAUCCUGGAGCGCAAGGCCCCCCCCACCUUCCCCAUCGUUGUGGAGAUCCGGGCAAGGAACUUCUACGUGGCGCACUGGGUGGAGGAUAGUGUGGACCAGCUGCUGCUGGGCCGCAUGCCCGUGGUCCAGGUACGGAGGGCUUGCGUGGCGAGGUACCUGCCGGGGUGGCUGAAUGGCGAAUGGGGGAGGGAAGUGCCAACGGGGGGUGGAGGCCCUGUCCAGGCGAGCUGCGUGCGUAGGGAUCUCGUACAUUCGUGA